GUGACAAUUUUCUGGUCAGUCCUCUUCCUCCCGCUCCCCUUCUAUCUGCCCCCUACCCCCGUUUCCUCAUUCAUCCUUGAGUAGCUGGUGGCAACUUGCAGAGAGAGGGAAAGACGCAAGAAGCCAGAGAGGUGUGGGAAAAGCGAAAACAGGCUGCCAAACCAGGGCAUUCCUUCCAAUUUAAAAAGGAAGUCUGCUGACGUCACUUAAAUUUAACAUUCUUUCGUGUGUAACAUUUUACUUUGGAAACAAAAAUGAACUUUGCGGAAGGAGAAGACUCUAAGAGAUACUGCAUUAAAACGAAACAUGUGGCCAUUAUCUGCGCAGUGGUGGUGGGUGUAGGAUUGAUAGUAGGACUUGCUGUGGGCUUGACCAGAUCCUGUGACCCCAUGGAAGACGGCCCUUCCCACGGUCCUCCCACGGCUAGCCCUCCCCAGGACCAGGGGAUAUGUCCUGCCAGUGACGAUGAAAGUGGAGGCUGGAAGAAUUUCAGGCUGCCGGACUUCAUCAAGCCGAUGCACUACGACCUGGAGGUGAAGCCCGUGUUGGAGGAGGACACGUACACGGGCAGUGUGACCAUCACCAUCGCCGUGACCGAGCCUACCCGGCACCUAUGGCUGCACCUCCGGGAGACCAAGAUCAGCCGGCUCCCGGUGCUGAAGCGGCGCUCCGGCGCGCAGGUGCAAGUCCGACGGUGCUUCGAGUACCCAAAGCAGGAGUAUGUGGUGCUGGAGGCAGAGCAAGAGCUCGCACCCAGCGGGGUCGAGGAUCCCUACCUCCUGACUAUGGAGUUUGCUGGCUGGCUAAACGGCUCGCUCGUGGGAUUUUACAGAACGACAUACGUGGAGAAAGGACAAAUCAAGAGCAUAGCAGCCACUGAUCAUGAACCAACAGAUGCCAGGAAAUCCUUCCCUUGUUUUGAUGAGCCCAACAAAAAAGCAACUUAUACAAUAUCUAUCAUCCACCCCAAAGACUACAAGGCACUUUCAAAUAUGCCAGUAGAGAAAGAAGAGUCACUUGAUGAUAAAUGGAAUCGGACAACUUUCCAGAAGUCUGUCCCCAUGAGCACUUACCUGGUGUGCUUUGCUGUGCAUCAGUUUUACCCUGUAAAGAGGACGUCAAAGAGGGGAAUACCUCUCACUAUAUAUGUCCAGCCAGAACAAAAGCACACAGCUGAAUAUGCUGCAAACAUAACUAAAAUUGUGUUUGAUUAUUUUGAAGAAUACUUUGCUAUGAAUUAUGCUCUUCCUAAAUUAGAUAAAAUUGCUAUUCCAGACUUUGGCACUGGGGCUAUGGAGAACUGGGGACUCAUCACGUACAGAGAAACGAACUUGCUUUAUGACCCCCAGGAAUCAGCCUCAUCAAAUCAGCAGAGGGUGGCCAGUGUGGUUGCCCAUGAACUUGUGCAUCAGUGGUUUGGAAAUACUGUGACCAUGGAUUGGUGGGAAGACUUAUGGUUAAAUGAAGGAUUUGCUUCCUUUUUUGAGUUCCUGGGAGUAAACCAUGCAGAACAAGAAUGGCAAAUGCGGGACCACAUGUUGCUUGAAGAUGUACUUCCUGUACAAGAGGAUGAUAGUUUGAUGUCUUCACACCCAAUUGUUGUCACUGUGACAACUCCUGAUGAAAUAACAUCUGUUUUUGAUGGAAUAUCCUAUAGCAAGGGAGCUUCCAUUCUGAGAAUGCUUGAAGACUGGAUGACACCAGAGAAAUUUCAAAAAGGAUGUCAGAUUUACUUGGAAAAAUACAAAUUUAUGAAUGCAAAAACUUCAGAGUUUUGGAAAGCACUUGAAGAGGCAAGUAAUCUACCAGUGACAGAAGUAAUGGACACCUGGACCAAACAGAUGGGGUAUCCUGUACUUAAUGUGACAGAUGGGAGACACAUCACACAGAAACGCUUUCUGUUGGAUUCAAGAGCUGAUGCUUCUCAACCACCUUCAGUUCUUGGUUACACAUGGAAUAUUCCAGUUAAAUGGACUGAAGGUGAUACGUCAACCAUUACAUUCUACAGUAGGUCAGAAACAGGAGGAAUCACUUUGAACUCUUCUAAUCCUAGUGGAAAUGCUUUUCUCAAAAUAAACCCAGACCAUAUUGGGUUUUAUCGUGUAAAUUAUGAGGUACCAACUUGGUACUCGAUAUCUACCAUGCUUUCCACCAGCCACAAGAAUUUUUCUUCUGCUGAUCGUGCAAGUCUUAUUGAUGAUGCUUUUGCCUUGGCAAGAGCUCAUCUUCUAGAUUAUCAGGUGGCCCUGAACUUGACCAAGUACCUCAGAAUGGAAGAGGAUCUUUUACCAUGGCAGAGAGUCAUUCCAGCUAUAACCUAUAUCGUUAACAUGUUUGAAGAUGAUAAAGAGCUAUACCCUUUGAUUGAGGACUACUUCAGAAAGCAAGUGAAGUCCAUUGCAGCUCAGUUGGCAUGGAAUGAUAUUGGAGACCACAACACAAAGUUACUCCGUGCCUCUGUGUUGGGACUCGCGUGCAAGAUGGGAGACAAAGAAGCCUUGGACAAUGCCUCCAAGUUAUUUGAGCAGUGGCUUAGUGGGACGAGUAUUCCUGUAAAUCUCAGACUUCUGGUAUAUCGGUAUGGAAUGCAGAACUCUGGCAAUGAAACUUCAUGGAACUACACUCUUAAUCAAUACCAGAACACACCAUUAGCUCAAGAAAAAGAAAAACUGCUGUAUGGAUUAGCAUCAGUGAAGAAUAUUACUCUUUUGUCAAGGUAUUUGGAUUUACUCAAGGACUCAAACCUUAUUAAAACUCAGGAUGUAUUUACCGUUAUCCGAUAUAUCUCAUACAACAACUAUGGGAAGACUAUGGCCUGGAACUGGAUACAGCUAAACUGGGAAUAUCUAGUCAACAGAUACACACUCAAUGACAGAAACCUUGGCCGGAUUGUCACAAUAGCAGAGCCAUUCAACACUGAACUACAGCUCUGGCAGAUAGAGAACUUUUUCAAAAAAUAUCCAGAAGCUGGAGCAGGAGAAAAACCUAGGGAGCAAGUGCUGGAAACAGUGAAAAACAAUAUCGAAUGGCUAAAACAAAACAGAGAGAAUAUAAAAGAUUGGUUUCUUAAUUUACCUAAGGAUAAUUAAUGUGUUCAAAAAUCAUAUUUUAACUUUGUAAAUCUAUUGUUUCUGCUAUUAGUCAUUUGGUGGCCUAAUUUAUAA